UAGCCCCAAAAGCCCCAGGAGCUUUGGCAGCCCCAGGAGCUGUGGUAGCCUCAGAAGCCCCAGGAGCUGUGGUAGCCCCAGGAGCCAUGGUAGCCAUGGUAGCCCCCAGAGCCAGGCAGGGGAUGCCAGAGGGAGCCCCGGGGAGGAGCCCUUCCUGCCAGAGGACCUGGAAGGAGGCAGCAGCAGCAUUCCCAGCCCUGCACCUUUCCCAGCCCAGGAGUGUCCCCUGUGCCAGCCCUGGGAAGUGUGUGAGCACAACCCCGAGGGAUCCCAGGUGUUCCCUGAUCCUGACUGUGCCGACACUGAGGUGGGACAGGGAGAAGUUCCCGCUUCUCCCACGCCGUGGGACGAGCCCAGGGAUCUCUCUGGAGAACACCUGGAGUUCAGUGAUGCUGAGGAUAUUUCGGAUCUGCUCCCAAGGGAAGAGCAGCUCCCGAGCCAAGACACACACGAGGGCUUGGCCUUUGAAGAUCCAUUGGAGAAUUCCUUUGGUGACUCAGACCAGGAAUAUUUGGAGGGGAAUUCUCGCUCCCCUCUUCCAAGCAGGAGUUCCUGCAUCAUGAGAUCCACGGGUGCUGCAGGAACAAGGACUACCUGGGACAGCUCCUCCAGGAGCUCCGUGCACACCGAGGAGCCUGGGGAGGCCUGGGACUGGGAUGACCGCAGGGAUCACGGGAGCCUUGUGGUCAGCAGGCAGUGCCAGGAGAGGAUGGAACAUUUCCAGCUUCCCAGGAGGCGCCGCCGCCGUGCCCGGGAGUCUCACCUGGCCCGCUCGCUGCUGGGGACCUGGAGGGGCUUGGAGGAGAUCACCCAGCACACUUUGGACAUGGAGUGUCUCCGCUUCCAUUAUAAGCUAAAAGAAAUCCUAAGGAAUGGCAGACGCCCCUUUUCUACCUCCCAAAGCAUCUUCCCGACGGACUUUCCUCCCCGCCGCGCCCCCGUCCCGCUGUCCCCGCGCAGCCGGAGCCCCCUGCAGGUGACAAUUCCCCCCUCGGACGCGUGGCCGGGCGGGCUCCGCUCCCGCGGGGACCCUCGGGCCGCCAGGAGGAGCCGUUCCCGGGCCAGGAGCCGGGAGCGCGGGGCCGCCCUGCGCCUGGCCCGGCUGCGGCACCCGCCCGCCCCGCCCCAGCCCCAGCCCCAGCCCCAGCCGGAGCCGCGCGGGGACGUGGCCGGCAUCCUGCAGGAGUUCUCCGAGUUCCAGAGGGUGCUGCUGGCCGGGGCCGGGGCCGGGAGCGCCGCCCCGGUGCAGGGCGAGCCCGGGGGCGGCCGGGCGGAGCUGGCCCGGCCCCGCGGGACGGCGGCGUUCCAGGGAAUGGUGGCCGAGCUGUGCGGGGCCCUGCGCUGCCACCUGCGCCGCGUGGCCGCCCGAGGGCAGCCCGGAAUGUUCUACCUGCUGGAGACGGGCACGGAGCCCUUCUUCGACAGGGUGAAGGCCCUGCUGAAGGCCGAGGGCUUUGUGAGGGUGGAGCCCCUGAACUUCUGCAGAGCCCAGCACCAGGACAGCGAGCGGCUGCUGGUCAUCAUCAGGAACGAGGACAUCGCCUCCCACAUCCACACCGUGCCCUCCCUGCUGGAGCUGAAGCGCUGUCCCCGCGUGGUGUUUGCUGGUGUGGACGAUCCCGAGGAGGUGACAGUGACACAUUCCAGGAGCUCUUCCAGGCCGGAGG